CUCAAAAACACAUUCAUUGAUUCAAGAAAAGUUCAAAAAGAUAACGUGUUAGAAGCAAUAAUCAUAAUGGGUUUGAAGCUCAGUAUCAUCAUACUUAUUUUUGUCUCAUUUCUAUUUGACUUCAGUUCUGCACAAUCAGGGGUCAUUGAUAUAUCAAAAUUUGGUGUAAAACCAAAUUCAGAUAUAACACAGGCUUUCACAAGUGCUUGGAAUGAAGCAUGCGCGUCACCCACUCCAUCCAAAAUUGUGAUUCCUAGUAGUACAUACAAGAUGGGCGCAUUAGAACUCAAAGGUCCUUGCAAGGCCCCUAUUGAAGUUCAAGUUGAUGGAACAAUUCAAUCAUCUGGAAACCCAAGUGACCUCAAAGGGGCUGAACAAUGGGUCAGGGUUAGUUAUGUUAGCUUUUUUACCAUAUCAGGUAAAGCAGUUUUUGAUGGUGUAGGUGCUGCUGCUUGGAAACAAAAUGAUUGUGGAACAAAUAAGAACUGCAAAAUGCUUCCCAUGAAUUUUGGUUUUUAUUUUCUCAAUCAUUCAAUUAUCCACGACAUUACUUCUAAGGACAGCAAAAGCUUCAAUGUCAUGGUUUUUGGUUGCAACAAUGUUACAUUUGAUGGCUUUAUAGUUAGUGCCCCUGCCACGAGUCUCAACACAGAUGGAAUCCACAUUGCAAAAUCGAGUGAUGUUAAGAUUCUUAACACUAAUAUUGGUACUGGAGAUGAUUGUGUCUCAAUUGGAGAUGGAAGCAAAAAUGUAACUGUCCAAAAUGUAAAUUGCGGACCCGGUCAUGGUAUUAGCGUUGGUAGCCUCGGGAAGAACCCAGCAGAAGAGCCUGUAGAAGGUUUCUUGGUUAAGAAUUGCACUAUGACAGAAACUGAUAAUGGUGUGAGGAUCAAGACCUGGCCUAGCGCCUUAGGAACAUCUCCUAUAACUGAUAUGCAUUUUGAAGAUAUUACCAUGGUCAAUGUAAAAAACCCUAUUAUCAUAGACCAAGAGUAUUGUCCAUGGAACCAAUGCUCCAAGCAGAGUCCAUCUAAAAUAAAGAUAAGCAAGGUUUCCUUCAAGAACAUUAAGGGCACUUCAGCAACACCGGAUGGGGUGGUUCUUGUUUGUAGCAGUGGUGUACCAUGUGACAGUGUAGAGCUAAAUGAAGUUGAUCUUACAUUCAAUGGAGCCCCAGCAACCGCUAAAUGUGCUAAUGUCAAGCCAACAAUCAUAGGAAAAGCUCCAACUUGUGCACCGGUAGCUUAGAAUGAUCUUGACAUGGCAAAAUGUGCCCCAACUUUAUAAUAAUUUCUUUAAUUAGUUUUAUAUAUUUCCUUUUGAGAGUAGGGAAACAAUCCCUAUAAAGCGAAGAUGUGAACAAGUUAUAGUCUAUAGUAAAGAUAAAGUUCAAUAUGAUAGUACCAUAUUAAGAUCAAUAUCAUAUUUGUAACUAUUUUUGUAUACGAAAUACAAUCCUCUUAAUUUUUAUAACUGAUGAGAUUUUAUAAUGUUACAAA